AGGAGGGACAGCGGGGUCCAAGAAUCCGAUCCUAAUUCAGGAUACCUGAUUAGGGCCAAGGACCUGGAGAAGAUCCACAAAGCUGCCUCCACUGGGGAUGUGGCGAAGGUGCAGCACCAGCUGCUGCUGAGGAAGUCAGGCGUGAACGAUCGAGAUAAAAUGAAUCGGACACCUCUACACCUGGCCUGUGCUAAUGGAUAUCCAGAUGUUGUAGCUCUCUUAGUAGAGAGACACUGCGAUCUAAACCUGCUGGACAAUGAUAAUCUAACACCUUUGAUGAAGGCAGUACGGUGUCAACAUGAGGAGUGUGCUACUACCCUGCUCGAACAUGGUGCGGACCUCAAUCUUGUGGACACCGACAACAACACGGCACUUCACUAUGCUGCCUUUGGACAGAACACAGCUAUAGCAGCAAAGCUGCUGAAACACAACAUGGACAUUGAGGGAAAAAACAAGGAAGGCUAUACACCGCUUGUGGUUGCAAUUAGAGAAAAUAAUCUAGCUAUGGUAGAUUUUUUCUUAAAAAAUGGAGCAAAUGUGAAUGCCACGGAUAACACUAAAAGGACACCCAUCAUGCAUGCUGCCAUUGGUGAACCAGUAGGCAUAGUGAGUCGUCUUCUUCAAUAUGAUGUUGAUGUCUCUUGCCGAGAUAAAUCUCAACAGACAGUUUACGACCAUGCCACAAUCAGUGGUCGCGCAAUUCAUUAUAAACUAAUUACUGAGUAUGGAAGACAGAAGGGACUUUAUCAGUCCCAUUCAACCCUAACCAGAAGUUCAGAGAGGGCUUUUGAUCCAGAAUUUACUUUGGGUGCAGCUGCCAUGGAUCAAAUAGAUUUUACACCAGUAUUGGAAUUUCAAGAAUCAUCACAGGAAAGUGAAGAAAGCUUUGAUAAAAGUGACUCAGAACAGGAGAAAGUUACUUCAGAAAGAGUCAACAUACCAGAACAAACAGCACCUGGGAAACAAGUUAAACCACUUCAUUUUCCACUUUCAUAUCUGGAAAGAAAGUCUCAAGGACUAGAAUCCAAUAAGGAAUCUAAUAGUGACAGUGUGCAUUUAGAUGUAGAAUCAAAACGGGCAGAAAGAUGUGAAAAAGUGCGGGUGAAAGAGAAGACAAUGGAAGUCAAAAGGAAUUUUAAAACUGUUCCAACUGAGUUUAAGCAGAUAUUUGGAGAAAUUUAUGACAAGGACAAAAUUGCAGAUCAGCCCACAGAGAAACUACAAGAUGAGGAACUACUAGAUGUCUCUGAAGAGGAAAUAGAACAGUUACAAGAAGCAUCCCUUAAUCUGACAAAUAGCUCAAGUGACACUGAAAAAGAGGAGAAAGGUAGAGGCCCACUCAGUGUAGGAGUUCAGUCAUUUUCUGAACAAAACGAUUACUCUCUGCAAGAUGCUGUUUUAAAGCUCACUUUCCCAGAACAGGUUCUUCAGUCACCUUCUAAUCUAAGCUCAGAAAGUAGGAACCUACACCAUAAGAAAGGUGAUAAGUCAGAAAUUGAAUGUACUUGUGAUUUAAAUGAAGAAUAUGUUGCGUAUGAUGCAGAAAAUAUAAUACUAGCCGGCACACAGACAGCUGUAAAUGAAAGGAAGGAAGAUGAAGCAUUUGGUAGGAAACUGGCAGGAAAUCUAAACAGGAAUACCACAACUUUGGAAUCAGAUUCAGAACGUUUGCUACAAUCAAGCAGUGUAGCAAGCCAUUGUGAUGUCUGGUGUACUAGCUCUGAUGAUAUGCGAUCAAUCAUCCAAGAAGAAAAGCCUGCAUUCAAAUUUAAUGAGAAAACAAAAGUAAAAGAAAACUUCUUGCAGAAAAGAGAUCACAAUGACAAUAACUCUCCAAAUGAGGUAAGACCUUAAAAACACCUCCUUUCAUAUAGUGACAAAAUAUCAAAAAUGCACCUGGAUAAAGAAUUAAAUCAAGAUAUGUGAAGAUUUAAAAAUGAGUUAAGAAUGGUGGAAGUAGGCAACCCGGCUUUUGAGGGGAAAAAAAGACAACUGCAUAAAAAGGUAGAUUUACCUCCUGCCACUCUCCAUGCCAUUUAUUUUUCUUCUUCAUCAAUCUUCCUGUGUCAUGGAUUUUCACAUGAGGAAAAAUCUGCGUUUAAAUGCUUGCUAUUUGUAAAACGUAUAUUUGAAGUUGAAUUACGGUAAAUAUUCAGAAAGCCUUUUCCUAGUCCUUAUUUUGAUCAUCUAAAUUACUGCAUCAGAUUCCAAAAUCUUUUGCUUGUAAACAACAAACUUUCUAAAGCAAACAUGCACAUAGCAACAUUAGGCUCUGUGGCAAAAAGAACAAGGUCUAAAGAUAAUUAGGGCACAGGCCUAAAAAGAAUGUGAUGAACUCAGGUUCUCUUUUAUGCAAGUCACUGCAAUAUUUUGCACUUCAAAUAAUUUUGUUUUUUAUGGACAUUUUUAUUUGCUUAGCCAAGUGUAAGAUGCUAUGGCUUAAAAUAUUGAAAAUAGAGGCUAACGUUAGGAAAUUUCUAACAGAUCCACUUGAUUGGACUAAUAUGGUUAUUGUGAUCUGCUGUGUUCAUCUUUACUGAUUUUAGUAAAAGCAUUAAACUUCGUUUUUUUAAAUUUCAAAACGAAAGGAAAGACAUUUUUUCCUAAUUUAUUUAGUAAUAGUUUUCCAAAAGGCAUUAAUACAAGAUUUCUCAAUUUUUCCACAACUCAUACAUAACAGAGUUGGGACUUAAACCUAGGUCUUCUGACAACAAGUUCAAAGCUCCUGCUCUGGAAUUUCAUUGUUUUACAACAUGUUUAUUUGCUAUAGAUAGUUAUCAUUUUAGCACAUAGAGAUAA